AACAUGGGCAGGGCAACAUAGGGUUCCAACUUCCAACAGUAAAAACCAAACUCCAAAAGUAACCUCACUCACCUCACCUCAUCCACCCCCUUUUCCCACCCGUGCCACUCUCAUCAUCUCAUCUCAUGGUGCCGUGCAACUCUCAAUAAUUUCCUUUCAUUUCUCAUACAUACCCAUUCAACUCCCAUUUUGAUUUUCUACCCCAGUGUCAACACAACACAACACAACACGUCAAUUCCUAUUCACACAACGCAAUCUCACAUGCUUCAUAUACUCGUAACCAAAAACACUAACAACACCAGCUGAGCACCAUAGUAAAUUAGAAUUAUGGGUGGAAAUGGUAAACACAGAUGGAAAAUCUCCUUCCAUCGUUCUUCCACUCAUCCUAGUAGAAACUCACAACCUCCAAAAGAGUUUAUAUGUCCUAUUACCGCUUCAUUAAUGUCCGACCCGGUCGUUGUUACUUCGGGUCAAACCUUUGAACGCCUCGCCGUCGAAAUUUCCACCGAAUUAAAAUUCUCCCCCAUUUUAGACGACGGAACCCGACCCGAUUUCUCAACUAUCAUCCCCAAUUUGGCCAUCAAAACAACCAUCACAAACUGGUGCGACAAAUCCCGCACCCAAUACCCUCCCACACCUGAUUACACCACCGUGGAGAAGCUAAUUAAAGAAGCAAUGGCUGCGGCGGCGGCGGAGAAGGAAGAACCGAUUAGGGUUUCUGAAAAGGAGCUGCUCAACGCGGUGGCGGAUAAUCCGCCGGUGAUAUUCUCCCACGCUGCUACUGAGUUAGGUCCACGUGUCAACCGUUUCAACUCGGGAUCUUCCUCUGAGGAAUCGGUGAUAAUUGGGGAAAGUCCUGGAACGCCUUUACCUUUCACGCUUCGUCCAACGUGUUUCUCUCCUUCUUCAUCUUCCUCGUUCGAGAUCGAAGUUCAAAACCCUAACGUUUCUUCUCCUUCGGAAGAAGAAGAAACUCUACUGAAGAAGCUGAAGAGCAACGAGGUUUUUGAACAAGAGCAAGGAGUGAUUACUCUUAGAAGUAUCACUAGGAACAGAGAAGAAGCUAGGGCUUCGCUAUGCACUUCGCGGAUUCUCGCGAUUCUGCGUUCUCUGAUUCCUUCCCGUUACGUCGUCGUUCAGGUCAACGCUAUUGCUUCUUUGGUCAACCUUUCGCUUCAGAAAUCAAACAAGAUGAGAAUUGUGCGGUCAGGAUUUGUUCCGCUUCUCAUUGAUGUGUUGAAGGGGGGAUCCAGUGAAUCUCAGGAACACGCUGCGGGUGCACUGUUUAGUUUGGCUUUGGAUGAUGAUAACAAGAUGGCUAUUGGUGUUCUAGGGGCGUUGCAGCCGCUAAUGCAUGCGCUGAGGUCUGAUUCCGAGCGAACUCGUCAUGACUCCGCGCUUGCACUCUAUCAUUUGACUCUAGUUCAGAGUAACAGAUUCAAGCUUGUGAAACUCGGGGUGGUUCCGACUUUGCUUUCGAUGCUGAUGACAGGGACAAUGGCGAGUAGGGUGUUGUUGAUUCUGUGCAAUCUUGCUAUGUCUGUGGAGGGAAGGACGGCGAUGCUGGAUGCCAAUGCGGUGGAGUGUAUGGUGAAUUUGUUGAGGGGGAACGAGUUGGACUCGGAGGCAACUCGGGAGAAUUGUGUGGCAGCGUUGUAUGCAUUGAGUCAUGGAAGUUUGAGAUUCAAAGGGUUGGCGAAGGAAGCGAAAGCUGUGGAGGUUUUGAGGGUGAUCGAAGAGACAGGGACGGAGAGGGCGAGGGAGAAGGCUAAAAGGGUGUUGCAGAAGAUGAGGGGUUUUGAAGAUGGUGAUGAUGAAGAUGAUUCUGGGUUUGAUAGUCUUUUUGAAUCAAGCGGGUUGACUCGAACAAGGUACCGAGGUGCUGGAGCUAGGAACAACAACCUUGUCAAUUCAACUACAUUUUAGGUUAUCAUUUGGAUUUCUCCAUUUAUUUUUCCAUAGUUUAAAUUUACUGGUUUAGGUUCUGUAGGAAAAUGGAUGAAUUAUUAUUAUUUGAUGAAUUGAAAUGUGUAAGUAGUUAAAGAAGAUUGAAGAGGAUUAUGUUCUGAAAUGUGAAUUAGUUUAUUGGUCUUGCUGGGUUUGGGGUGUAAAUCAUGGAUUUGGAGGUGGCCAUUUCAAACUUGCUAUUCUAAUUUAGCUUAUGUGGAUUAAUUUAGUCUAUAAUCAGGGUUUAGGACUUACGUGAAUGGUUGUUUGUAACCUUGUGUGUACAUAAUCAUACUACAUUGUUUACUUUUGGUUCAAGGAAAGAAAAAACACAAAUGUGCAGAGUGUGAUUGCUGACUUCUGUUUUAUGUCUUGGUUCAUUAGUUAAGGUUAUCGUUGAAAGUACCAACAAACUUUGUUAAGGUUCUCAUGUAAUCUGAGUUUUCAUUUCAAAAUUAAAACGCUAAUAUCUCAAGAUUUUGCAUGCAAAUUCGCUGUAGUUUUACUCGAAGCAUUCUAUUAUUUUAAUUUGAUCCCCUUCUUGCUUCAUACAGGACAUUCAGUGUGGGAAGAAUAUAAUUUGAUCAAUUUUUGUUAAGUUAACUAGGUUUCUUUGUCCCUGAAGACAUAAAAUGGUUGCGGACUUGUGAGCUAAAUUAUCUGCGUUCAUUAUAUAAUUUAAAUCAAAAUGUUAUACAGCCAUACAACAUAGAGGAUUUGGUCCUCCAAAGUGAGUAAUUCACUUUAGAAUAUAAAAUAAGUGUCAUACAUUUAUAGGGAAAUAAGAACCCUUGAAACCCCUCAUUUGUAUUGUUUAGUUCAAUUUCAAAUAUGUCACAUUGAUAAUAUAAAAUUAUUUUUUU